UGUUUUCCCUAACGAUACACCGAGGAAUAUCUGACCAAAAACAAACAAACGGAUAUGACACGAGUACAGUUUGGUGGGGAAUUCAAAACUGACGCCAAACAGCUGAAGCAGACUGCCGGGCAAACCUGGUGAAAUGUCCAAAAAUGUCCAACUGUGACGAUUAAGCCACAGCUCCGCGCGCUAUUAUUCACUCUCUCUCACUCUUGCUUAUUAACAACCACUCUCCGUCGGUCCAACGAGCGUGUGAGAAAUCGGCUUAUCGUUUUUUCCUCUCUGUGUUGCGCCUGGUGAGAGGAGAGGCUGUGCGCGCACCGGCUGUGGAUGUGAGGGGUUUGAUGGUUUGUGAAAUCCACUCCGCAGACUGCACAGGGAGGCAGAUGCUGAGGUGCAGUUUGUUUUUGGGGCUCGUUUUUUUGGGGACAAAAAAAGUGGCACUUCAUCAUCAUGGCGCUUUUCAUGUGAACGUCCAAUCAUCAUGGAGAAUGGACAAGCUAUGCAUGUUUUGAUGUUUUUUCGAACCGCUAUAACUAGGAGAUAAAAAAUGAUUUCCAAAAUGCAUGGAGGGACCUUGUGAGACCAACAACUCCAGUCCUAAAUGGCAGAACUUGAAGUUUGCAGAAAUCUCAGUUUGGAGAAGGUGGAGCGAUGCAUGAGCAUGAUGCAGUCCGGGACCCAGAUGGUAAAGCUGAAGACGGGAUCCAAAGGGCUCGUGAGACUCUUCUACCUGGAUGAUCAUCGCUCUUGCAUUCGCUGGAAGCCCUCACGCAAGAGUGAGAAGGCCAAGAUCACCAUUGAUUCACUGUAUAAAGUGACAGAGGGCGGUCAAUCGGACAUCUUCCAUCGACAUGCAGACGGCGGCUUCGACCAGGCUUGCUGUUUCACGGUGUACCACGGAAACCACAUGGAGUCCCUCGACCUGGUGACAUCCAAUGCAGAAGAAGCCAGAACCUGGAUAACCGGCCUGCGCUACCUGAUGGCCGGGAUCAGUGACGAGGACUCGCUGGCCAAACGGCAGCGCACACACGACCAGUGGCUGAAACAGACGUUUGAGGAGGCUGAUAAGAACGGAGAUGGUCUCCUGAACAUCGAAGAGAUCUACCAACUUCUCCACAAGCUGAAUGUCAAUCUGCCGCGCAGGAAGGUCAAACAAAUGUUUCAGGAAGCAGACACAGAUGACCAGCAGGGCACGCUGACAUACGAAGAGUUCUCCGUCUUCUACAAGAUGAUGUCUCUAAGGCGGGACCUGUUCCUGCUGAUGAUGGCGUACAGUGACAGGAAGGACCACCUGACAGCAGAGGAACUGGCCAACUUCCUGCGCAACGAGCAGAAGAUGACCAAUGUGACUCCAGAGUAUGUGGCAGACAUCAUUGACAAGUUUGAGCCGUCUGAUGAGAAUAAACAAGAAGGAGUUCUGGGGAUUGAAGGUUUCACAAGUUUGAUGCGCAGUCCAACUUGUGACAUUUUCAACCCUCUGCACCACGAAGUGAAUCAAGACAUGGAUCAGCCUCUGUGUAACUACUUCAUCGCCUCGUCUCACAACACGUACCUGACGGGAGACCAACUCCUCUCUCACUCCAAGACCGACAUGUACGCCUGGGUGCUGCAGUCCGGCUGCCGCUGCGUAGAAGUGGACUGUUGGGAUGGCCAUGAUGGAGAGCCGAUGGUUCAACACGGCUACACUCUGACCUCCAAGAUACCAUUCAAGUCUGUUAUAGAGACCAUCAAUAAAUAUGCCUUCAUAAAUAACCAGUUCCCAGUAAUUCUGUCCAUAGAGAACCACUGUAGCAUCCAGCAGCAGAAGAAGAUUGCUCAGUACCUGCGAGAGAUCUUUGCAGACAAACUGGACGUGAGAGAUGCGCUGAGCAGAGACUCGAAAACACUACCGAGUCCUCAGAACCUGCUGGGGAAGAUACUCAUCAAAGGGAAAAGUCUGCCUGCUUAUCUGUCUGCGGACGCCGAGGAAGGCGAAGUGUCUGAUGAUGACAGCGCUGAUGAAAUUGAGGACGACUUCAAGCUUAAGAACAGUGAUGGGAACGGUCAUCACCAGGUGGAGUCUCACAUCAGAAAGAAGCUGGACUCUCUAUUGAAGGAGUCUCGGAUCGGAGACAAGGAAGAUUCGGACAGUUUCAGCAUCCGGGCUCUGCUCCGGGCUACGUCCCAGGGUCUUCAGAAGAACCUGCGGCAGAGCUCCAAAGGGGUCCUGAAGAAAUCCCAAAGCAGAUCCUUCAUCACGACGCUCAAGCAGAAGCGGCACUCCAAAUCCAGGCUGUCAUGCCAAAGCGUGGACAAGGAGGACGACGAUCAGGAGAGAUCUGAGAGGGAGGCCGGAGGACAGUUCAACAGGGGUGGAAGGAAGAGGAAGACGAUGAAACUGAGUAGAGAUCUGUCAAACCUGGUGGUGUUCACAAAUUCUGUUGCCUCGCAGGAGUGUCUGAAUGAAGGUACUCCAGGUGAUGUUCUGUCCUUCAGUGAGACCAGAGCCCAAUCUCUAGUCAAUCACAAAGCCGAACAAUUCCUUGCUUUCAACCAGAGGCAGCUGUCACGGAUUUAUCCCUCAGCCUAUCGUAUAGACUCGUCCAAUUUCAACCCCCAGUUCUACUGGAACGUGGGCUGUCAGUUGGUUGCUCUGAACUACCAGACAGAAGGCAGGAUGAUGCAGCUCAACAGAGCCAAGUUCAUGGUGAAUGGUGGUAUUGGCUACGUCCUCAAGCCCCCUCCCAUGUGUAAAGGCUCCUUCAACCCAUUCAGUGAUGACCCGCUUCCAGCUUACCCCAAGAAGCAACUCAUUCUCAAGAUCAUUAGUGGACAGCAGUUGCCCAAACCCCCAGAUUCCAUGCUGGGGGACCGUGGAGAGAUUAUUGAUCCAUUUGUCGAAGUGGAGAUCAUCGGCCUACCAGUUGAUUGCUGCAAGGAACAGACACGAGUUGUUGAUGACAACGGUUUUAAUCCAGUAUGGGAGGAGACUCUGUCCUUUACACUUCACAUGGCUGAGGUGGUUUUGGUGCGUUUCCUUGUCUGGGACCAUGACCCAAUUGGACGGGACUUUAUUGGUCAACGGACUGUUGCCUUCAGCAGCCUGAUGCCUGGUUACAGACAUGUUUACUUGGACGGGCUGACUGAGGCUUCCAUCUUUGUGCAUGUGUCAGUGCAUGACGUCUAUGGAAAGUGGAGCCCUCUAGUGCUGAACCCCAGCUUUACCAUAAUGCACUUUCUAGGAUCUAACAAGGGUAAUCAGCUGCGAGGUAUCCGGGGUUUGUUCAACCGCUCUUCCAAGUCUUCUGUGGACACAAACUCCGGUGGCCUUCGGAAACGCUCCAUCAGUGAUCACCUCCUGCGGCGCACAGCCAGCGCCCCAGCAAAGGGAAGAAAGAAGACCAAGAUGAUGUUGUCAGAGUCAGUGGCUUCGAUAUCAGACAAUAAGAAUGGCACAGGUGCUGGAGCAAGAGGAGAGGUCGUGUCAGGGAAGGAAGCAGGUGUGGAGAAGCGUUACCAGCCACGAGGCCCCCUCACCCACAGACCUAUCUCCAUGCCCUUAGACCGGCUUCUGCAAGGGCAGCUAUCCAUCCGCUCCCCAGACAAAGAACAGCAUGAUAUGGGCUUAGACACUAUCAUCGGAGCUUGCCCCUUCAACAGGCCCAGGUCUUCCUCCUUGGACCCUUUCAUCGAAUCCUCAUUUUCUAUCGAACCAAACAUCUCUUCCCAUUCCAAGACAUACAUUAACAGAAAUAACCAAUUUGACCAAUCAGAGGAGGCUUCUUAUCUGGUAAUUGGUGGAGGAGAAGUAAGAAAGGAAGAGGAUUAUGCCAAUUUCCAGUCUGAAGACAAUGGAGUCAACAAAUCAAAGAUCAUCCCCAGUGGAGCAGAGAAACAGUGUUUUGUCUCACCCUCCAAGAUGAGAUCAGAUAAACCAGAAACAUCAUCAAACAGCACAACAUUCACAGUUGCACCUUCAAUCUCCUCCUCCUCCUCCUCUGCCCCCUCCUCGUUGCCCCCUCUAUCCCCUAUCAGUAUGGACUGUGAUCUGAAGAGUCCAAGCUCAUUGCAUGACAGCACCAUCUCCAGGCUCAUUGAUGCCGUGUCCUUAGGCAAUGAGCAAGACACAUGUGGCUCAAUUUCUGCUCUGAUUGGUCACUUUGAGAGCACUGUUGAACAAAACGUUUCACAUACAAUAUCCCAUGACCACACCCCUUCCCGUCACUCAAACAUCAGGCCUACCACCCCUAAAGCGCUGCAAGAUUUAAGGUCUCCCCUGAAGAUUAACACCCCAUCUAAUACAAAGACACACUUAACAAGUCCCCAAAAAGUGGCUGUAAAAACAAAUCAUGAAAUCUGUUCACCGCACAAGAUUUCCCAACCAGAUGCCCCCCCGCCUGCUCUCCUCUCAAGCCCAGAAACCGCUGAGCUUGAGGAGGUCUACACCAUUCUGGAUGAGGAGGUGCUGUUGCCUGCGUCAACGUACAACCUGAAGAAGCAGGCAGAAACAACGGAGAGCACAGCCUCAAACAGCUUGGGGUCCUCUCCAGCAAAGCUGGUCCAGGGUUACGGGAAAGGGCACAAUGUGGGCUGGGAUGAUUUGAACAGAAAAAGGGGUGUGAGUGAAGAAAUUGAGGAGGCAGAGGAGAGUGUUUAUGAGGAAGUGUAUGAUCCCCCAACACUAGCACUAGGACCAGGGAUAGAGCAGGGUACUUCUAAAAGGUACAUAGGCUCCACUGUAAAUGAGGACUGUUUCCAGUAUCUCCAUGACUCUGCUGGGAAUGCUUUUGCAGAAGUGGAGAUAAAUGUUGAUGAGGAUCCACUGGAGGCAAUGAUGACCUCUCCAAGACAUGGCAGCCAAUGGGAGGGACUCAUUAGUCCAACCAAACGGCAUGCUAUUUACCAGAACCACGAAUCCACUCCCAAGUACUCCCAACAAAAACAGCCUUCAUCAUACCAUGAUCCUCACCAGCAGUACCCUUCUCAUGCAUUUUCACAGUGCCCCUCCCCAAUGAAUCAACCUUCCUAUCAGCUGCCCAAUCACCACCAACGCCACCAGAACAACUCCCAGCCUUCUCCCUUCCACAGACCCAUCAACUCUAGACCCUCCCACCCCAGUCCAGUGCGUCAGAACAGCUAUCCCGCUCCUCAGAGCAAGUCUGACACCUUUAACAACAGCAGAGACUUCAGUAGCUCCUACACACAACAGAGGAGUUAUAGUGGCAACCAGAUCCUAAACAGGUCUCAUGAUAGGCUAGGGUUUAAACAGAUGGAGAGGGAGCAAGUAAGGUGCUUCCAAAAUGGUUUCUCCUCUUCUGAAAGCCUCCCUGGCAAAUCUGCUGUGUGUACAAACAUCAGUCGAGACAGAGGCCUAUACUCCCCUUCUUCAGACUGCGAUGCAGUGUACAGCCACCUGGACUACGACUGCAUUACCCCGUCAUCAGCUCCUCGAAACACCCAGCCACAUUGCCAAAGCCAAACACAAUCAUACACCCCGACUCAUUCAUGGAACCAAAAUGUUUCCCUCAGUGCCACAAGGCACCAUUCACAGCCUGAAUCCAGAGAUUCUCUGCACUCAAAUUUAGACUCUUUAUCAACUCGACCCCAGUCUGGUACCAUAGACCCCACAGCCCCAAGCCCGUGUAAGUCCAAGUCUCUGGGAGACCUGACUUCUGAAGACAUAUCAUGCAACUUCCAGAGCAAAUACCACAUUAUUAGUCGUAGUUUCAUCACUCCCCACAUGAGGAGGCAAAAGAGGAUGGGCACGAUGGGGGAAGUAACUUUCCAAUCACAGUCUUGUGAUCCACUUACAGAACAGCUGCGUAAGCUGGUCAGUCUGGAGGGGGACGAAAGUGACAGAGAUGGGCCCAAGCCUCUCCAGCUGCAUCAGGAAGCGAAAUCCCCCCUGUCCCAUCAGGCAAGGGUAGAUCCUGUUCUUCCAGGGGACGUAGAUGAUUCCCCUCCACCCCUCACCCGGCGCCUAUCUUCUCGCAGCCAAAGCCGAGUACGUCACAUAAACAGCCGUGCCCGCGAAAGACAGCAAGAGGCUCUUAAACCUCGGGCAGGUGUGGUGAUCAAUAGUACCACCAGCAUUGGAGGGGUGGUAUUGAGGAAUAAACCAGCAUCACAGAAUCCACAAGCCAACAGACACUCUACUGGUUCUUACAUAGCAGGCUACCUUGGCCAGCUGGAGGACAGGGGGCUUCCUGAAGGAGCUUGUACAUCAUUACGUUAUGGAAACGGGGAUCAUUAUGGAGAUCGGUACUAUACAGAUGACUCUCUUCCAUCUGCUGACUCCAACCACUCUGCGUCAGAGCCUGAGGUGUACUUUCUUCUCAGACUGUAGCUCUGACUAUCACCUUAAAAUGACAUUAAUGAUCAAGCAGUGAUUGUUGAGGAUGUUCAGUUAAACCAAAAGCCAGAAGAUUAAGGAAAUAAAUACUUGCCAUUGUUUGUUCCCAUGUUCACAGACUAGUAGGUUUUCAUUAAAACAGUUAAAUAAAUCUUGUUUUGGGCUAUUUCUAGAGAAAGAUAUAGUCUGUACAAUGUAAGUGAAACAUCACAUGUAACCCAUGGUUGGGUCUGACAGCAUGAAUUUCCUGUUUGAAAUGUCCACUAUUCAAUAGUGAAUGGUCUUUCUAGUCUGGCAGUGUAAUGUCUAUAUUCUGCUUAAUGUGUAAAUGUACGUGGGAACUUUGGUUCCCUCCAAAUGGCUUCCUAGACUGAUUGUACAGAUACUUGUUAUCUUUGUCCCUGUGAUGUACUGUCCAAACUGCGUACAUUGAUUAUGAAGCAAAAAAAAAGAAGAAGAAUUUGGUUUCAAACAGAGAGGGAACAUCUUUCUUUGUAACAUUUGAAUGUGUAGUAUAUUCAGAUACUUUUAAUAGAUGGGGUUCAUCUUUUCAAAGAUCAAAAGUAAGUCUUCCUUCUCUUUUCAGUGGUAACUCUUUAUUUGUGUUGUGUGUAAAUAUUCCUGUCAUUGUUUUUAAUGAGAUGGGUUUUAGUUAAGAACCAGUUCUAACUGUACAUUUAUGUUUGUGCAUGUUACCUGUGAACAUGUCAAGCAUGACUAUGCACCAAUUUAUACAAUAGAUGUUGCAUCGCCCAACAACAUUUGCACAGAACAGUUGCAUUGGAUACGGAGGAUAUAGGCUUGUUUGUAUUAGGUGCAAUACAGUACAUAAACUUCCUCACUUGGACUUGUUGCUCUCUAUGAUUUGUAGAAUUUCAAAA